AUUAUUUUAUUGUUAAGAAAACAGAGGAAAACCCUAACCAACAUGAAAGUCGUCAAAUCCAAUUCAAAUCCUAAUUCCUCAAACCCCUAAAAUUCGUACUCCGACUCUGUCUCUUGAUGGAGGAUCAUCCCAAAUCUUCCAUCUCGAGCACAAUUUUCCCUUAAAUUACCCUUACUUUACUGCAUAAAACCCUAAUUUGAAAACUAAAACUUCUAUUUUAUAUUUAUUGUUUUGUCAACUCUACUACCGAUUCUCUUAAAUUAAGUAAAGAUGUUUGGGUGGAACUUUGCGAAAUCGGCGGAGGCCGUGUUUUCGCGGUGGGCAAUGAAGCGGAUUUUGAAGUUCUUGUUGAAAAAGAAAUUAGGUCAAUUUAUUUUAGGUGAUAUUGAUCUUGAUCAGCUUGAUAUUCAGCUCCGUCAAGGCACUAUUCAACUUAAUGAUCUUGCCCUUAAUGUUGAUUAUCUUAAUCAUAAGUUAGGUGGAACUACACCUGUCUUUAUUAAAGAAGGAUCGGUCGGGUCUCUAUCAGUUAAAAUGCCUUGGGGUGGUAAAGGUUUUCAGGUUGAGGUGGAUGAACUUGAGCUUGUGUUUUCACUUGCAUCUUGUUCGAGGAGUAACACGCCGGAUGGAGAUGAGAGCACUGAUUUAAAUCAACACAGUGAUUCUCAUAUGCAAAGUGAUGGAGGAAAUUAUAUGGCUGAUGGUUCUGCGAAUUCUAGUAUCGAUAAUGUACAUGAAGGUGUCAAGACAAUUGCUAAUAUGGUUAAAUGGUUUCUGGAAAACUUCAAUGUAAAUAUAAAAAAUUUAAUUGUUGCUUUUGAACCGUAUUGGGAGGAUGAUAAGAAGGCUGAGAAUCAGAAAAUCUUGGUUCUUCGAAUAUCUGAAACAAAAUGUGGAACAUGUGUUUCUGAAGAUGCUAAUUUGAAUUGUGAUGCAAGAGUUGAGAGUUUUCUUGGAAUUAGUCAUUUGACAAACUUUAUAACCUUUCAAGGAGCUGUACUAGAACUUCUUCAGAUGGAUGUUGCUGACAAACAAACCUCCUUGUCUUCUCCACUAGGUUCUAGUUUCAAUGAGUUCUUUUCGGUGCAUUGUCCAUCAAAGGAUAGAAUUCCAAUUCUGUGUGGAAGUAAAGGUGAAUUUUCAGGGAACUUAAGGUUAAGUAUUCCGUGGAAGAAUGGUUCCUUAGACAUUCGCAAAGUGGAUGCGACUGUUUCUAUUGAUCCAUUGGAGUUGAGAUUGCAGCCCAGUACCAUUAAAUGGUUGUUACUUUUAUGGAACUCUUACAAGACUUUGGAGGAGGGGCUCCACAACAAGCCAACAGACUCUGUUGAUUUGAACUUGUCCUCCCAUUUCUAUUCAUCAACUCUUGAUCGUGGCAGUUUUUCUUCUGCCGUUUCUUCUUUAACCGGGAAAGAAUCAGCAAGUGACGCUAUGCUACCCGGAUCACAUCUUAUACCAGAUUGGGUUCCAAAUUCCAUGGAAGAACAGAAUAAAUCUGUUAGCACAGAAGACCAUGACCUUGGAGCAAGUGUGGACCAGUUUUUUGAGUGUUUUGAUGGAAUGAGAAGUUCACAAUCAGCCUUGGGAAGCAGCGGAAUGUGGAACUGGACAUGUUCUGUUUUCAGUGCAUUAACAGCUGCGUCAAGCCUUGCAUCAGGAUCUCUGCAUAUCCCCUCAGAACAGCAGCAUAUUCAAACUAACCUGGAAGCAGCUGUUGCCAGAAUAUCUAUCAUCUUAUCAUUCCAAGAUGACUAUCAGGAUUAUCUAUAUAACUCAAAGGGUAAUCAAAGUAGUAGUGAUUCAAAUGAUCAUUAUAUGGUAGCAGAAUGCCACGAAAUAUUUGUUGCUUUACAGGUAUGUCCUCAACAAAUUAUGUUUGAAGGAAAAGUAAAGCAUAUUGACGUUGCUGAUUACUUGUUCAAUGGAAUUGAUGCCAUGAACUUUCAGUUGAAAGAGUGUAGUGGUGAUAGCAACUUUCAAACUCUUUCUAUUCAACAACUUCAAGGUGAAGUUCAAGGAGCUCUUCCUCCAUUUGCAUCACCUGCCAAAGAUCCCGAGUUGAAUGAGUUAGGUGCUGAAAAAGCUAAACAUUUUGUCUUUAGACAUAUGACCAAAAUUGAACUGUUCGUUACCUCAGGCGUGACUCAUUGCCAUUUUUGUGUCAAGUCUGAUUCCGCAGAUGCAAGUUUAAAAGAGAAAACAUCUUUUUCAUUGCGAUUGCCAAAUUUUAUACUUUGGGUGAACUUCUGGUCAAUACAAAUGUUUUUAGAUCUUCUGAAAGACAUAAGAAAUCAUGUUAAAAUGCAUAGUCCGGUGCAAGAAUGUUCAUCUGUCAACAGUAAGCAUGGCUCAUCUAUUGGAGAUGUUAAAAAGGGUUUAGUGCCUGGUGUCUCAACAGAGUCUUCAACAGAAACUUUGAAAGGUACUAUAUCAAUCCUUUAUGCAAGGAUCAUUUUGUGUUUCCCUUUUGGAACUGGUAAAAGCGAGGGCAACUUUUCUUGGGAUCAGUUUAUUGCUUUCGAAUUUUCUGCGCCAUGGACUUUCAGAGAAGGAGAAGUUCAAGAUCUUCACUUGUUGUCAAAUUCCAGUUCUAGGAAGAGGUAUACUUCAAAGUCAACAUGCUCAGUGAAUUUGAAAAUUGGUAAUCUAAAGGCUUAUGUUGUUAACCGAUCAUGUGAAAGCUAUGGUGGAACCAACUCCUCUGGCUCUCCAAGACAGGUAUUUUGCGCUGAAAAUAUUUUAUCCGUCAGCAACAGAGCUGGCUGUCUUUCUACCAUUAGUAUGCAAUGGCAACAGAGUUCUGUAAUAGGUCCUUUGAUAUUUGAGAGUGCCAAGUCCCUGGCUACUGCUGAGGAAUCUAGGAGCAGGAGAAAAACCACUGUGAAAGGUUCUGAAUUUGUGUCUGUGACUGCUAUGAAGGAUCUGGUUGACACAAGUUUUCAAAUCCAAGAAGAGAUAAUCUUAAGCUCUGUAUUUGUGCUGCAUAUUAAUCUGUUUUCCGUUACCAUUGAUUUAGGAAGCUCUCAAUAUGCUAAUUUACACAAUCUUUUAAAUCAGAUGAUUAAUGCAUUAUCAGGAGCAGCCUCUGAGAUAGUAAAUACUGAGGAGGCAUCAUCUUCCUCUCAAACAUCGUUCCUUCUGGAAUGUGUUUCUGUAGAGAUUUUAAUUAGACCAGAUAUGCAAGAGGAUGGUAAAAGUUCAUUGCAGAAUGAACUUCCUGGAUCCUGGCAUUGUUUAAAGUUGAAACUUCAGAAGCUUGAUCUCUUAUCUGUUUUAAACAUUGGAAGCAUUGAAGGAGCCAAAUUUUUCUGGCUUAGUCACGGAGAAGGCAAAUUGUGGGGUUCCGUAACUGGGGUUCCCGACAAGGAGUUUCUUCUGAUUUCUUGUAGCAACUCGUCAAGGAAACGUGGUGAUGGAGGAGGUUCAAAUGUUCUAUCUUCUAGACUUGCUGGUUCUGACAUUGUUCACCUAUGGGAUCCAAUGAACUUUGAUGAGAUUUCAUCUAUUACUGUCAGAUGUGGGACAAUUGUUGCUGUUGGUGGCCGAUUAGAUUGGUUGGACUCAAUAUCUUCCUUUUUCACAUUGCCAGCUCAUGAAGUUGAGAAAGCAGGUCAUGCAGAUUUUCAAAAGGGGAAUGUAAAUGCACCAGGUGGGACUACUUUCAUUCUUAAAUUUGUUGAUAUUGGUUUAAGUUACGAGCCCCAUGGGAAGAAUUCAGUGAUUACCAAUCUCUAUUCUGACUCUGACUCAAAUUCCUCAUAUUACAAAGAAGAAACAAGUGAGCCACAUGUUGCUUGUCUGUUGGCUGCAUCUUCCUUGAUUAUUACGAGUACAGUUGGAGAAAAUUCUGCUAACAACUUCAAAAUAAGAGCGCAAGAUAUAGGUUUCCUUCUUUGUCCGGCAUUUGAGAAUCUCUUUGGCACUUACAGUGUUGAAUAUCUUCGAGAGAUGGGCUAUGUUAAAGUUGCUCGGGAGGCACUUCUUGAAGCAAUUUUGAGAAUAAACCCUGAAAGUGGCCUUCCUUGGGAGUUAGAAUGUUCAGAAUCCCACAUUUAUGUUGAAACCUGCCAUGACAGUACUUCUCAUUUGAUUAUGUUGGCUGCUCAACUCCAACCUCUUUUUGCUCCUGAUUUGGAGGAAUCAUUUGUGCAUUUACAGGCUCGGUGGGAUAAUGUUCAUCAGGCUCGAGAGAGUAAUGAAUUCAAUGAAAAUUGUAGAAAGUCUGCCUAUAAUAGUCCUUUGUCAACUUCUCAAGUGCAUGUCUCAGGUGUGGAUACAGAUAACAAGCUUGCGAGUGUUGGUUUGAUGGAUGAAAUAUGUGAAGAUGCUUUUUCUUCCGAGGGAAAUGAAGAUUGCCAAUUUGAUUCUAUUGAAUCAAGAGUUUGUGAUUCAUUUGAUAAAAGUCCCCUCAGAGAGGCUUGCUGCCUGAACAUUGGAGAUCCUGAAAGUGUGUCUGAGGAUUUAUUUUUUGAUGGAUCAGCGCCUUCAGUAGGAUUUGGAAGUGCUGAAACCUCAUAUUUACAGAAUGGUGUCUUACCAGAACUUCUAGAAGGCUAUUGCCUGUCUGACUUGCGCCCACUGUCAGAAUUGUCCUUUGGCAUGCAAUCACCAUCUGAGAUUCUCAAGUGCCAGUCCAGAAAUUUUCAGGAUAUAGAUCGCGGAAGAGGAAAUAGUGGAUGGUAUGGGGAUGCCUCUUUAAGCGUUGUGGAAAAUCACAUUUCUGAAGCAAGUUGGGGAGCUAGUUUGAAUCAGGUUUUGGAAAACAGGCUUCCAUCUUAUGAGUGUACAGGAUCUGAUGAAGGUGGAAAGCCCACAGGGCGUAUACGUCUUAAGAACAUCAAUCUAAGUUGGAGAAUGUUUGGUGGUUCUGACUGGCACUCAAAUGAAAGGGAUGGUGAGGCCUCUAGAGAAGUCCACGGAAGAGAUACAACUUCUUAUCUAGAGAUUGUAUUAUCUGGAAUACAGUUGCAAUAUGACCUUUUCCCAGUUGGUGGAAUUUAUGCUUCUAAGCUAUCACUUUCAGUUCAGGAUUUUUACCUUUGUGACAGGAGCAAAUCUGCACCUUGGACACGGGUACUGGGAUAUUAUCGUUCAAAAGGUCGCCCUAGGGAGUCAUCUUCAAAAGCACUGAUGCUGGAGUUGGAAGCUGUCAGACCAGAUCCUCAAAUUCCUCUUGAGGAGUACCGGUUGCAUGUAGGCCUACUUCCUAUUAUAUUGCAACUUCACCAGAGUCAACUUGAUUUUCUCAUUGCCUUUUUCGGGGCAAAAAGCUCGUCGGCUGACCAGUCUUUGAUUCAUAGUCAGAAUUCAGACGGGGCAAAACCAUUUGCAACGAAGAAUCUUGCAGGACACAGAAUUGCAGUUGAGGCGCUGCUCCCCUAUUUUCAGAAGUUUGAUGUGCAGCCUGUCAUUCUCCGGGUCGACUACAGCCCUCGUCGUGUUGAUCUAGCAGCAUUAGGAGGCGGGAAUUAUGUGGAACUUGUAAAUCUUGUCCCUUGGAAGGGGGUUGAGCUGGAGCUCAAACAUGUUCACGCAGCUGGUGUUUAUGGCUGGGCCAGUGUAUGUGAAACAAUCAUAGGGGAGUGGUUGGAGGAUAUAUCUCAAAAUCAGAUACAUAAGGUCUUGCAAGGCCUUCCUACUAUUCGAUCCUUGGUUGCUGUUGGUAGUGGUGCUGCAAAGCUUGUUUCUUUGCCAGUUGAGAGUUAUAGGAAGGACCGCAGAGUAGUCAAAGGAAUGCAGAGAGGUACAAUCGCAUUUCUUAGAAGUAUAUCACUUGAAGCAGUUGGACUUGGGGUACAUUUGGCAGCAGGAGCUCAUGACAUUUUGCUCCAGGCAGAAAGUAUUCUGGCAAAGAAGAUUCCUUCUUCUGUUUCAUGGCCUGUAAAGGGCAAUACAAAACCAAAUGUAAGGUGCAAUCAGCCGAAAAAUGCCCAACAAGGAUUUCAACAGGCAUAUGAAAGCCUCAGUGAUGGCCUCGGGAGGUCUGCCUCUGCUUUAGUUCAGAUGCCAUUGAAAAAAUACCAGCGCGGAGCCAGUGCAGGAUCUGCCUUGGCAACUGCUGUACGGGGUGUUCCUGCUGCUGCUAUAGCUCCAGUUUCUGCUUGUGCGAGUGCAGCGCAUUAUACUCUUCUUGGCCUUAGAAAUAGCCUUGAUCCUGAGCACAAGAAAGAGUCCAUGGAUAAGUAUCUGGGUCCCAGUCAAUCAAGUGAUUUGGAUUGAGUUGAAUAUCGGGUAGCACCUUGAAACAAAGGACGAACGCAUUUUUCCUGUCCUUUCCGUUAUUCUCUUUGCAGUGAUGGCUGGCUGUGACACGUGAGUGAAUUCUCCCGUAACUUCUUCGCGUACAUAGGCUUAAUACGCCACUUGUUGGUCUCCCGCAUAGUCUGGACGGUGUUAACAGUUGACAAUCCAUCAUACAGAUUCUUUCUUGCUAUAUUUUGUGCAUACUGUAAAUAUUGGCUGGUGGUUAUAAGAAUAUUUAGCCGUAGGAGAAGUAAAAUGUAUACUAUAGUUAGCCAGAUUGGUCGGUAGGUUCAUAGAAGAUAUAAUCCUCGAUUCUUUGAUAGGCUUCAAUGCUUCAUCACAGUGUAUGUUAUUUAUAGACAAAACUAUAUUCCUUGUACAUAAUCAAGAAAGAGCAAGUUUUGGUC